GACACUUGACCCAGCGCAGUCCCAACGCCCAGUGCGGCCGCCCCGGGAGCCGCGGAGCGGCGGCGGCGGCGGCGGCGGGGGGAGGAGGGAGAGGAGGACCGGGCCGGCGGCCCGGGAGGCCCGGUUUUGAAACCGCUUCUUUGCCAGAGUUCGGUCUCUCCCAGCCCUGUUUCUUUCUCGUUUGUACUUUGCGAGAGUAAGUUUGGGAGCAUCGGUUAACAGCCUAUGGGUGAAAUUCGGCUUUCGUUCAUGCAUGAGGAAUUAUUCUUGACAGAAGUAUUUUGAAAGAAAAUCUUUACAAUGGCCUCAGCAGUACUUAGUUCUGUCCCCACUACUGCCUCUCGUUUUGCCUUGUUGCAAGUGGAUAGUGGCAGUGGUUCUGAUUCUGAGCCUGGAAAAGGCAAAGGUCGAAAUACUGGAAAGUCUCAAACAAAUAAAUCAACUACAAAUGAGAAAAAAAGAGAGAAAAGAAGAAAAAAGAAGGAACAGCAGCAGAGUGAAGCAAAUGAGCUCAGGAAUCUUGCUUUUAAGAAAAUUCCACAGAAAUCCUCCCAUGCCAUUUGUAAUGCUCAACAUGAGCUUUCAUUACCAAACCCAGUACAGAAGGAUUCACGAGAAGAAAAUUGGCAAGAGUGGAGACAAAGAGAUGAGCAGCUGACAUCUGAAAUGUUUGAAGCAGAUCUUGAGAAGGCAUUGUUGCUGAGUAAAUUAGAAUAUGAAGAACACAAAAAGGAAUAUGAAAAUGCUGAAAAUGCAUUGACUCAGUCAAAGGUUAUGAAUAAAAAAGACAAAAGAAAGACUCAUCAGGGAAAAGACAAACCUCUCACAAGAUCACUAAAAGAGUUUCAAUCUGAAGAUCACAUUAGUAAAAAGACUGAGGAAUUGAGUUCUUCUCAGACUUUGUCACAUGAUGGAGGAUUCUUCAAUAGACUGGAAGAUGAUGUUCAUAAAAUUCUUACUAGAGAAAAAAGAAGAGAACAGCUUACAGAAUAUAAUGGAACAGAUAAUUACACAGCUCAUGAACACAACCAGGAAGUAGUUCUAAAAGAUGGAAGAAUUGAAAGAUUAAAGUUGGAACUUGAAAGAAAAGAUGCUGAAAUCCAGAAGCUGAAAAAUGUGAUUGCUCAGUGGGAGGCAAAGUAUAAAGAAGUAAAGGCAAGAAAUGCACAGUUAUUGAAAAUGCUUCAGGAAGGUGAAAUGAAAGAUAAAGCAGAAAUACUUCUUCAAGUUGAUGAAUCACAAAGUAUCAAGAAUGAGCUAACAAUACAGGUAACUUCACUUCAUGCUGCAUUAGAACAAGAAAGAUCUAAAGUGAAAGUGUUACAAGCAGAAUUAGCCAAAUAUCAGGGUGGCAGAAAAGGGAAAAGAAACUCUGAAUCCGACCAGUGUAGGUGAUUCCAUUAGCCUUUGAGGUCAACACAAAAGGAAAACUUUCAGGGUUUUGCAAAAAUGUAUAUAUUUAAUGCUGUGCAACUGCUGAACUAUGCAGUUUUUGUUCAAGAAAUUUAAAAUGAUUAGCUCACUAACAGUCUAUAAUUUUAUGUCCUUUUGGCUUAAAGUGAAAAGAAUAAAAAUAGAAUUCCAGGAGAACU